ACUCUUCCGCCGCGCCGUGGCCCUCCUGCUGGCUUGGGAUGCUGCAGCUCGCGGUGGGUCGCGGCGUUUCGGUCCCUGCUAGACUCUUGUCUGCUUCCACAAUGCCUAAGAAAGCCGGUGCGACGAGCAAGGGUAAAAACCAAACCAAGGAACCAGAGACACCACUUCCUCCUGCAGGGCCUGUGGCCACUGAUCCUAAAGGUUGUAUCACCAUCGCUAUCCAUGCCAAACCCGGCUCCAAACAAAAUGCUGUGACAGAUCUGACCACCGAGGCCGUCGGUGUGGCAAUCGCGGCACCUCCAUCAGAGGGAGAAGCAAAUGCGGAGCUCUGUCGGUAUCUCUCCAAGGUCUUGGAGCUCAGGAAGAGUGAUGUGGUUCUGGACAAGGGUGGUAAAUCUCGGGAAAAGGUGGUGAAGCUCUUGGCCUCGACGACUCCAGAAGAGGUCUUGGAGAAACUGAAGAAGGAAGCUGAAAAAAAAUAAAGGCAGGAAAUGAUAAGUACGUCCUGGAGGAGUUUCAAUAGCAACACAGAGGUGGCUAAGUAGGAAAAUAUAUAUGUAUCCACACUUAGGGAAUGAAAUACAUAUAUAAAAAUGAGAUUAAAGGUAGUAGAGCCCGGUGGUGGUGGUGCACACCUUUAAUCCCAGCACUCAGGAGGCAGAGCCAGGUGGAUCUCUGAGUUCGAGGCCAGCCUGGGCUACAGAACGAGAUCCAGA